CCCUCAUGGACAGAAUGAAGGAUUUUUUUCCAAUUUAACUGCCAAAAUCACUUUAUUUAAUCUUUGUUCAGAGAAAAUUCAAGAAAAUUGUAUUUGGGGUGCUUCAAAUAGUUGACCUUCUUGCUGGGAGAUCAUUUUUCUUGCUUUCGCCCCCUCCCCCCCCCCACUAAGUGCACUCCCAAGAUCAACUUUUAUUAGGGUUGUCCCUGUUCCCUGUCUUUUAUUUUGGUUUUUAAUUCAGUUAUAUCCAAGGCCUGUGUGUUUGUGGGGAGCCUGGGUGUUGAUUUGGAGCUGCAACAAGAAGAUUCUAGUUCCAGGAUGGGGAGAAAGACUUUGAUAUUAGCCUUGGUGACUCUCUUCAUCCUGGCCAACAUUGGCCCAACAGAACCAAAAAUUUGUCAAAGCAUAGAUAUUCGAAACAACAUUACGCACUUGCAACAGCUGAGGAACUGCACCGUCAUUGAGGGAAACCUGCAGAUUCUGUUGCUGUUUGGUACCAAACCCGAGGAUUUCCGUGGCCUGAGCUUCCCGGAGCUCACAAUGAUCACGGAUUACCUGCUUCUCUUCCGUGUCUACGGCCUGGAGAGCUUGAAAGACCUCUUCCCAAACUUGACUGUAAUCCGUGGGACGCGGCUCUUCUUCAACUAUGCUCUGGUCAUCUUUGAGAUGCUGCACUUCAAAGAGAUCGGCCUGUACAACCUGGUGAAUAUCACCCGGGGCGCAGUGAGGAUCGAGAAGAACCCAGAGCUCUGCUACCUGUCCACGCUUGACUGGUCGAAAAUUCUGGACUCAGUGGAGGACAAUUACAUCAAGUCCAACAAGGACGAUCGAGAGUGCAGCGAUGUCUGCCCAGGCACCCUGAAAGGAAAAAGCAGCUGUUCCCAGACUGUGUUCAACGAUCAGUUUAACCACCGAUGCUGGACAAGCGAACACUGCCAAAGAGUCUGUUCUUCAGAGUGCCGCCGGAAAGCCUGCACUCCCAGCGGCAGGUGCUGUCAUGAUGAAUGCCUGGGCAGCUGCACGGAACCUGGCAGCGCGGCAAAGUGCGUGGCAUGCCGACACUACUACUAUAACGGUAUGUGCACCCCAGACUGCCCUGCUGGCACCUACAAGUUUGAAGGGUGGCGCUGCGUGACCUUCUCCUUCUGCCAGAUGCUGCACAAUGAAUGCAAACCUUCCAAGGAGACUGAGUGCACCCGAUACGUCAUCCACAAUGGAGAGUGCAUGCCCGAGUGCCCCUCGGGAUAUAUAGUGAACUCUACAAGCCUCUUUUGUGUACCAUGCACUGGUCUUUGCCCAAAGAUUUGCUCGGUGAAUGUAAAGACCAUCGAAUCCGUGACAGCUGCUCAGGAACUGAGAGGUUGCACUAUCAUCAAAGGCUGCUUGGUCAUCAAGAUCCGCGGAGGAACUAACAUUGCAGCGGAAUUGGAAGCAAAUCUGGGCCUGAUCGAGGUGAUCACUGGCUACCUAAAGAUCCGCAGCGCCUAUGCUUUGGUGUCACUGUCUUUCUUCCGCAGCCUGAGAUUGAUUCAAGGUGAAAAUAUGGAAACUGGAAAUUACUCAUUCUACGUAUUGGACAAUCAGAACCUGCAGCAACUGUGGGACUGGAAAAAGCACAAUCUGACCAUCUCCCAGGGCAAGAUGUUUUUUCACUUCAACCCCAAGCUGUGCCUGUCUGAAAUAUACAAGAUGGAGGAGGCUACUGGGACCAAGGGGCGACAGGAGAGAACGGACAUUGCUCAGAAAACUAAUGGAGACCAGGCAUCCUGUGAAAGCCAACUCCUGAAGUUUGUUUCCAAUAAAACUGGGACUGAUAAAAUUAUGUUGAAAUGGGAGCCAUACUGGCCACCGGACUUCAGAGAUCUCUUGGGUUUCAUGGUGUUCUUCAAAGAAGCCCUUUAUCAGAACGUGACUGAGUUUGAUGGGCAGGAUGCCUGUGGAUCAAACAGCUGGAAGGUGGUAGACGUGGAACCCCCUGGACGGUCAGAAGGGAAGCUCCAGAACCCGGGGACUCUGCUUCGCGGCCUCAAACCUUGGACACAGUAUGCAAUCUUCGUCAAGACAUUGCUAACGAUAAGUGAUGAGCAGCAGAAUCAUGGAGCCAAAAGUGAGAUUGUAUACAUCCGCACCAUAGCAGGCACUCCAUCAGUUCCACUGGAUCCGAUAUCCGUAUCCAACUCUUCCUCCCAGAUCAUCCUGAAGUGGAAGCCUCCGACAGAUCGCAAUGGGAAUAUCACCCACUAUCUGGUGUUCUGGCAGCAGCAGCCGGAGGACAGUGAGCUGUAUGAAUUUGAUUAUUGCCAGAAGGGAUUAAAGUUGCCGUCACGAGCGUCUACAACGCAUGCUGACCCCGAGGACAACCAGAAGCGAAACCAGACUGACUCCGGUCACAUGCCUGGUGAAUGCUGUGCCUGCCCGAAAACUGAGUCGCAGCUUAAACGGGACGCAGAGGAGGCUGCCUUCCAGAAGACAUUCGAGAACUACCUGCACAACGAGGUUUUUAUGAUCAGACCUACACCUCAAGAGAGUGGUACUAAGGACAGUAGACCUUCGCGGAAACGUAGGGAACUAGUAAUCUUUACGAAUAGUAGCGUUCUGGAUGUGACCACGCCUGCCUCCAUGAGUAACGCGUCCGCAACAAAAUCGCCGGAAGAGGAGUAUCCAAAAUUAUUGGAGAAGGUGUGGAUGAAGGAGUCUCUAGUGAUCUCCAACUUGCGCCAUUUCUCGGGGUACCGAAUUGAAAUCCAUGCGUGCAACCAUGAUGUAGAAACUGGAGGAUGCAGUGUUGCAGCCUAUGUCAGUGCAAGAACCAUGCCUGAAGCAAAGGCUGAUGACAUUGUGGGCCCAGUCACACAUGAGGUAAUUGACAAAGUGGUUCAUAUCAAAUGGGAAGAGCCGAAGAAUCCGAAUGGUCUCAUUGUGUUGUAUGAAGUGCAUUACAAACGCCUUGUGGAUUCUGAGGAGAUGCAACAGUGUGUGUCUCGCAAAAGAUACCUUAACGAACAAGGUUGCAAACUGAAAGUGCACCAUCCUGGGAACUAUACUGUGAAAGUACGAGCCACCUCACUGGCUGGAAAUGGCUCGUGGACGGAGCCGAUUUCCUUCUGCAUCCAAGAUUCGAACGCCAACCAAGACAGUGACUUCUACAAGAUAAUUGGGCCAGUAAUCUUCGUUGCUUUGAUCAUCAUUCUGGUUCCAGUUGUCUUCCUGGUAGUGAAGAAGAGACGAACUGAAGGACCCACUGGAAUUUUUUACACUUCCUCAAAUCCAGAGUACAUCAGUGCCAGCGAUGUCUAUGUUCCAGAUGAGUGGGAGGUUUCACGUGAUAAGAUAGAGCUUCUGAGAGAGCUGGGGCAAGGUUCCUUUGGUAUGGUCUAUGAAGGGAUUGCAAAGGAUGUUGUGAAGGGAUGUCCAGAAACUCGUGUGGCAGUGAAAACUGUGAAUGAGUCAGCCAGUCUGCGGGAGCGCAUAGAGUUCUUGAACGAGGCAUCCGUGAUGAAGGCCUUCAGCUGUCACCAUGUGGUGCGUUUGCUCGGUGUUGUAUCGAAGGGGCAGCCGACUCUAGUUGUCAUGGAGCUGAUGACUCACGGGGAUCUGAAGAGCUACUUGCGAUCAUUACGGCCAGAUGCUGAGAAUAACCCAGGGUGCCCACCGCCUACCCUGAAGGAGAUGAUUCGGACAGCAGCUGAGAUUUCAGAUGGAAUGGCUUACCUGAAUGCCAAGAAAUUUGUCCACAGAGACCUGGCAGCUCGUAAUUGCAUGGUGGGAGAGGAUUAUACAGUGAAAAUUGGAGACUUUGGAAUGACCAGAGACAUCUAUGAGACAGACUAUUAUCGUAAGGGUGGGAAAGGGUUGCUACCCGUGCGAUGGAUGGCUCCGGAGUCCUUGAAGGAUGGAGUGUUUACUACAUACUCCGACGUUUGGUCAUUUGGAGUUGUGCUAUGGGAGGUCAGCACUCUAGCAGAACAACCAUAUCAGGGACUGUCAAAUGAACAGGUUCUUAAGUUCGUUAUGGAUGGAGGCUUUUUGGAUCGGCCAGAUAAUUGCGCGGAUAGAUUGCAUACCCUGAUGCAGAUGUGUUGGCAGUACAAUCCAAAAGCAAGACCCACAUUCUUGGAGAUCAUAGAGAUGCUCAAGGACGAUCUCCACCCAAGUUUUCAGGAUGUCUCCUUCUACUAUAGCGAGGAUAACAAGCCCCCCGACACGGAGGAAUAUGACAUGGAUUUUGAGAACAUGGAAAGCAUUCCGCUUGACCCCUCUUCUUACUCACAGACAGAGACCCCCCUAAGUCACAGCCGGGACAAUGGGCCCACCAUGGGCCUAAGAGGCAACUAUGACGAACACAUACCGUACACACACAUGAACGGAGGGAAGAAGAACGGGCGAAUAUUGUCCUUGCCAAGGUCAAGCCCUUCAUAACGUUUCUUCUACCUCCCAUUUCUUUCUGAUUUUAAUUUGUUGGGCCCUUAGAAUCUCAGGACUCGAUUAUGGCUGCCACAGUUUGCUACACAAGGAAAGGACCUUUGCCUUUGUUUAAAAAAAAUAUUUUUUUCUGCCAAGUGGCUUGUUAUAAAUGAAUCAAACUGUGAAGAAACAAAUCACACAUUCUAUAACAGUAGAAAUAUGUACACGUACAUACUGUGCCUACAUGCAUGUACAAAUAUUACAUUGUGCAAAGAUACAUGUGCACCCAUACAAUACAUAUGUAAACAGUUAUAUAUAUAUUCUGAUGCGCACACACAUACAGACACACCAACACAUAGACACACACACACACCACACAUACACAUGUACAUAGACACACACAAAACCAUAUCAGUAAAGCAUUUCCAAGGCUGCUAUCAACAUAGCUGUGGUUCCCAGCCAGGAAGUGACCUUUUGAACUUUCAUCUGUGGAGUGCUUGAGGCUGAGGUUUAGGCCCAAUUUUGAGGGAAAACAUUUGUUUAGAAAAAUAAAUUAAAUACAAAAAGCACCUACAGUUUAAAAUGACAAAAGUCCAAUUUAAUUUUCCUGAAGCGUGAAC